UUUGUUUCCAAGGCUUCACUUUUACUUCUUAUUAAGCAUUCAGUUAAUGCUAUAGUGGAUGAUUUCGAUAUAGCAAAUUGUGAUUUUCUUGUUUAUUUGUCUAUUUUACUGUUCGAACGGUCUACAUUUUGUUUGUAUUAUUGCAUCUCUCAUAUCGUUUAUAUCUCCAUUUUCUGCUUCUGGUUUAAAAAUUGUCUUUUGGGCUUACCUUCUGUAUUUACGACUUAGGUUUUCUACACCCAGGAAAGAUUGAUGUGGACUCCCCACUCUCACUGAUGGCUUUGCAAAAUCUUAAAUUAGAAAGGUUGAAUUUGGAGCAUACGCAAGUUAGGGAUGAAGCUUUAUACCCCUUGUCAAGCUUCUUAGAGCUGAGAUAUUUAUCACUUAAAAGUGCUUCUCUUGCAGACCUCUCGCUUUACUAUUUAUCGUCAAUUCCAAAAUUGACAAAUCUUAGUGUUUGUGAUGCGGUAUUGACAAAUUAUGGGAUUGAUAUAUUUAAGGCUCCUGAAACUCUGAAACUGCUGGACCUCAGAGGUUGUUUGGCUCUUAACAGAAGACAUUAUUUUGUCAUUCUGUAGAUGUCAUGCACAAGUUGAAGUCAUACAUGAACUUGGUACAGUAUAUCCUUUUAAUAAAAAUGGUCCUCAUCAUUCCUCUCCAUCUCGAUCAACUUCUAGGACUUUGCAAAUGGCUAAGAAGAAAGAUCAAGCUCCGGUAUUACCGUAUCUUGCAGAUCAAAGAUUAAAGUAUAGCAGGGAUGAGUUACUUGCAUUGCAGUUUGCGUCCUUGCCUCCUGCAUCUAGUAGUGAGAGUAGCAAUUCAACAUUUGAGAAACAAUUGGACUGAAUGGUGAAAUCUCCCUUUAUAUAAUUGUUUGCACUGAUGACAUUGGCGAGGGUAUGUGAUAUGAACAGAGAGGAUUAAUAGCCCGAGUCCGAUGUAGUUCAUUUGUUCAUAAUUCGAAUGCACAUGGUCAAAGAAGAGUCAUGUUUCUGUUAGAGAAAUCGAAUGUGAUGAGUGGACACAUGGGAUGUUGUGAAGGAUUGCUUCUACUCAGUAGUUUCUGCAGGCUCCCAAGUAUAGAAGAUUGCAGUCAUCAGGAUGGUGUUGCUUCAGACAAAUCGUUACCAAUCCAAUUUAUCUUAAAUGAUAGUGGAUUGGAUUUGCGUGUCCAAUUUUGUUUUAACAGAACCCAAGAAGACAAAAGAAUAAUUGUUUUAAAUUUAUUGUUUCUAUGAAAGUCCAUCAACUUUGUCUCAUGUAGACUGGACUUGUGUAUCCCAUUUUAUCUUAACAGGAUCCAAAGUUUCAGCCUGAUUCAUCUAGCACCGAUGAACCUGUCAAAUGUACAAUGGAUUGCAAUUGUGACGGUGAGAGGAUGCAGUGUGUGUAUGAGAGGCAAUAUGUUGAAAUGAGUAUAAGCAGUGGUGUCCUUGGCGAGGAUGUCAUAUCCUUUGGAAAUCAGAGUGACCUUGCUCCACAGCAUGCAGUUUUUGGCUGUGAAAAUGUUGAGACUGGUGAUCUUUAUAGUCAACAUGCUGAUGGCAUCAUGGGUUUGGGUUGUGGAGAUCUUAGUAUUAUGGAUCAACUUGUGAACAAAAAUGUAAUAAGCGAUUCAUUCUCACUAUGCUAUGGUGGAAUGGAUGUUGGAGGGGGUGCAAUGGUUCUCGGUGGCAUAUCUCCCCCAUCAGACAUGGUUUUUACAUAUUCAGAUCCUGUGCGCAGUCCAUAUUACAAUAUUGAUUUGAAGGACAUACAUGUUGCGGGGAAGCAACUGCCUCUAAAUGCAAAUACUUUUGAUGGGAAACAUGGAACUGUCCUGGAUAGGGGUACAACUUAUGCUUACCUGCCAGAAACAGCAUUUCUUGCAUUUAAAGAUGCAAUAUUAAAGGAACUUCAAUUUCUCAAGCAAAUCAGUGGUCCAGAUCCAAAUUAUAAUGAUAUAUGUUUUUCGGGUGCUGGAAUGUAUGUCUGUUACGAUAAGAGUUUACAUUACUCUUUAAUUGCAGUUUACAUUACAGCUUGGGCUUGCUUGUAUUUCAGUGAUGCCUCCGAACUCUCUAAAAGUUUUCCAGUGGUUGAUAUGGUAUUUGGAAACGAUGAUAGAUAUUCAUUGACACCUGAAAACUACAUGUUCCGGCAUUCAAAAGUGCGAGGAGCAUAUUGUCUAGGGAUUUUCCAAAAUGGAAAAGACCCUACUACUCUGUUAGGAGGUAUUGUCGUUCGAAACACUCUUGUAAUGUAUGAUCGUGAGCAGGAAAAGAUUGGUUUCUGGAAAACAAACUGUGGUAGAGAUUGUGCAUAGGCUUAAAUCCCUUUGCCCCAGUGAGUUUACGGAACAAUUGUGGUAGAGAUUUCUUUGAUACAUCAUUUCUCUUUUUUAGUUUUAGAAUGUCGAGAAGUAAGAACUCCAUUAUUCAUUAGGAUUAUAUGUAAUAUACCUUAUUUAUUUGCUAUUUAUGUUAUUCAAUAUAUUUCUUUUUUA